GCCAGGUUUUCUAAAAAGGGUACUGCUCAAUCCUAAUUUUUAUUUAAAAUUGAGAAAUCAUAAUUGUGUACCCACCUCAAUGGCCAUAACUGCAAGAUGUCAUGUUGACCUUAAACAUGAAAUGGUUGUAUCCAGAUCUCAAGUGCCUUAACCUCUUUGACACUCAAAAACACACUCGAUCAAGAUAGUGUAAGUUUUGUUGCUCUUUCAAAUUUUUAAGUCACAGAAGAUUGAAAGGCUUCUCAGACAGAAUUGACAUAAUUAAUUCAUUUUAAAAGUGGCCCAUUUAACUUGAUUCACUUGGUACACUUAGAAGUGCAACAAUGAUGAUGAACAAGAGCUACCGAAAAUCUCAUGGUCUCUUGAAAGGUAAUUUCAAUAAUUUUAAAUAGGUUCCUAAUUUAAAUAUGUAUUCACUGUCAUUAGGGAUCAUCAUCAGUUCAGUAAAGGGAAAACUAGUUGGUUAAAAAAAGAAAUAGAUAUAAAAAAGGCAGUAGAAUAUGGAGACACUUAAAUAAAACAUGCAAAAGUUUGAGACACAAUACAUCAUUCAUUUUCCUAAAAUUGAAACCUUCAGACAAUUUGACAAAGUAAAUUUAAAUUUAAAGGAAUAUUAUUGAUACCUCAGAAAAUUUGAAAAAGUAAGUUUAAAGAAAUACAAUUGAUACUUUAUGAACAUUUGACAAAGUAAAUUUAAAGAAAUAUAAUUGAUACCUUCAGAACAUUUGACAAGGUAAAUUUAAAGAAGUAUAAUUAAAUGAAUUAUAUGUCGUAUCCAUAAUAUAGUAAUUAUAAAAUAAUAAUAAUAUGAUCAAAUUAUUUAUGCAUACAUUCAUAUUUCUAGUAAUGACAAAUAGAUAUUCACAUUAAUAUUCAUUAGAUUCGUAGUAAUAGAGAUUUAAAAAUCUAAUUAAAUAUAUAACAUUUACUCAAUUUGAAUCUGGUUAUUGACAUCACAGGUGCACAGUUACUACAGCAAACAGCAACUUGGGUAUGUCUGUUGCCACCUUCAUCUUUGCCAUCAUCGCUGCACCUCAAUACGUUCAUCUGCAAACAGAAAAUGGAAACACAGUUUAUCUAAAGCACUUCCAGUUUUUCUGUCAUCUUUAUCUUCUUAUUCUACAAUGCAAACAAAAAGAGAGUUUUCGACUUCCACAAAAGAUGAUCCAGAUUCUUCAUAUCUCAUAGUGGACCCAUACAAACUAGUAGCUUUAGAAAUGGAAGGUUUAGGUGAUGGAAUUAAAAUGGUAAAUCUUUCUUCUUAAGGAAGGUUGAAACUUAUAUUUAAUAGCUUGUUAGUAUUGCAUCUUUACAUUUAUCCUUUCCAGUGUUUGUAAAGAUUUGAAAUUAUUGUAACUGAGUCAACUCUUUUGUAUAUCCAUAAAAUAAAAUAAAUUGAAUUAAUAUUAAGUGGGUAAAAGACUAAAUAAAUAAUGUGAUAGUUAUUAAUCAAAACUAUUAAAUGAUCUAGUAAUCUCUAUCUCAUGUGCAUGUGGGUUUUCACAAUUGACCACCCUUAAAGAUAAAGUAACAUUUGGUAAUGUUUAUUAUAGUAUGUUUUUAUAUAAAAUAUUGUUUUCUGUAAUGCACACUUGGUUUAAAAAAAGGAUGUUUUGAUUUGGUGCUGGAUUUUUAUUGUGUUAAAUUAUAUUUGUAGAUUCUCACAGCACAAGAACCACUUCUCCAAGCAAUGUCAUAUUAUUUCUUUGAUGGAAAAGGGAAGACAUUUCGCCCACUUGUAGCCUUUCUUAUGUCCAAGGCUUGCAACAUUUCCACUAAUAUAGGUGACAGGUAAUAUUUUUUAAAGUGCUAUCUUUUUUUUUUAGUUAAAAGUAAGAUUAUAUAAGCCAUUACUGAUUAAAUUGAGUGAAUUCAAAGAUAUUUGUUAAACAUCUUAUAGCUGGUUAAUGCCAAUUUGUCAAUAAAGACUCUAUAAAACACAGGUUCCCAACCAUUUUUGAGGUGUGGCCCAUAUUUAUAGAACCAAAAUGACCCCCAACCCAUAAACAUUAACAAAAUCUAUUUUUGAUUUAAAAGAAAACACAUGAAAAAUUGUUUUUUUAGUAUAAUAUAAUUCAACGUAAGACUAAUUUAAUGAAAUGAUUGAAACUAUCCCUCAUGAACAAGUUUCAUCCUUCAGUUUUCAUUACUAAUAAGGUCAUGAUAUACACAACAUUUAAUCUGUUUCAUAUUUAUUUUGAUUUCAUUAAAGUUUUGAAAGUUUAUUCUCACAGAGAUGUGUGGAAGCAAAAGGGUGGCUAAGGACAAUAUUCAAACUUUAAGACACCAAUUAAAAAUGAAACUCGCUUUAAAAAUAAAUAUUAUUUUUUGUUUAGUAACAACAGCUAGAUCAGAAUCAACAUAGAUUUUGUGUGACACCCCCCACCCCCAGCAACUCUAAAUGGGAGCUGUCAAAGAUAUUCCAUGAUUAUUUUCUGUAUAGCCAUCAAUGUCUAAAUGGGAGCUGUCAAAAAUAUUCCAUGAUUCUUUUCUGUAUAACCAUGAAUGUCGUACAUUGUAUCAUCAGUUAAGAAUGAAAGGUCACCUUGUAACCAUGAGUUGAAAGGGCUGUCACAUUUCCUUCAUAGAUUUUGAUCAUAACACUUGUGCAGUUUGUUGUCCAUAAUGUCUCCAUUAUACUCUGUUUGCAGUGUUUUAGAAAAGCAGAGGAUAGUUGCCAGAGUAGCCGAAAUGUUUCACACCGCCUCUCUUAUACAUGAUGAUGUCAUUGAUGAUUCAGACACUCGUAGGGGACGGUCAAGCUUAAAUGCUACUUAUGGACAAAAAAAGGUAAGUUAAUAAUUAAUGCUGGAAAAAAAUCAUCAAAAGUUUUAAGAAACUUUGGCUAUUUUUUUUCUUAAUAACUUUUUUGUGUGGGUCAUUGCAGUCCAUCCUUGUUGGCGACUACAUUCUUUCUCAAGCAUCCAUUGCACUCUCCUCAACAGGAAGUUCAGAAGUUGUGUCUAUCAUGUCUUCAGUUUUAGGUGACAUUGUUAUUGGUAAGACUGAAAUUUUCAAUUGUUUGAAAUUGAGGCCUUUUUUCUAAACCUUUUCAAAAUAAAAUUUUAAUUUAAAAUUAACUUUAAACUUUUUGCGCUCCUUUAGUCUCAAUCAUGGUUUAAGAUUAUCUGACUUUUUAAACUUUAAAAUAAAUUACAGACACUCCUUGAUAUGUUCACAUGGAGAGUCUGAUAUAAAUUAUUUCAGGUGAAUUCAUCCAGCAAUUUUCUGAAGAAAAUGAAAGAUUCCCUCAAUAUUUGAAGAAAACUUAUAUGAAAACAGCGAGCCUUAUCGCCAAAACCUGUAAAGCUGUAAGUUUCGUGUUUAUAUCAUGAUGACCAUUUUUAUUCCUAAGUAAAAACAUUUAUCACAAUUUUAUAGGCCUAAUCUAGUUUAAAAAUCUUCAUUUGGGUGCUGUAGAAUCUUUCCAUGAACGUUUGACCCUAAUAUGUCAGACUCUAAAGUCUGGUAUUAUAAUUUAAUGAUAGAUAGUUCUCACUGCUGCUGCCUGUAUGAUUUUCAAUUUAAACUGCUGUAUGAAUAUUGGACAACUUGCUGUUGGCCUGGUACCUGAGACAACACACUGCCACUUGUCAAGCAUGGUACACUUCAGAACAUGCCACAUUUGUGUGAAGAUUGAGCCACAUGGGUCACUUGCUGUUGGCCUGCUACUAGCCACAACACAUGGCCACUUGUCAAGCAUGGUGCACUUCAGAACAUGCCAUAUUUGUGCUGUAUAUUAUUGUAUUGAUUUGGAAUGAAUAUUUUGUAAAAUGCUGCGAUUCUCCUGGUUUAGAGAAAAUGUAAAGUGAGAUAUGUGGCUAUUUAGAGUCUCUGUACAUCCUUUCAAAUACAAUUACACUACAAAAUUCUCAGAAUCUUUACACCAAUGAAACUACUUUUAAAUGAUUUUUUUUUUUAAUGAACUUUUGCAGGUUGCAAUUUUUGGGAAAUGUAAUGAAGAGAUGACAGAACAAGCUUAUCAGUAUGGUAAAAAUCUGGGCAUUGCUUUUCAGGUGUGUGAUUAAGACAAGAUAUCUUAGUUGACACAGACAUGAAAGGAAGUUGAAUUCAUUUUUUUUAAUGAAAAAUUUUAAACAGUUGAGUCCUACCAUCUUUUAAACAGAGGGCAUCUCCAUCCCAUCUUAAUUUCAAAUAGAAACAAUAGAAAAUUUAAAAAAAAAAGUUCUGUUCCUACAAUCUGGGAAUUGUGUCGAUAUCACAAAAAAUGCCAACCAGAUGCUGUUCAGACCUUAAUUGUGUCAUGGAAAAGAGGAAAUAUUGAUUCCAAGAUACCUUAUGAUGUUUUCCUUUAUUUCUGCUGUCAAUUACAAUAAUUUUAAACAAAAUAAGUUGACAAUGGGCCUAUUACAGAGAUGUUUAUGCUAAUAUUGCCUUACAAUGUAUGAUUUUUAGAUGUAUUUUAUGAUUGUAGGCAGAGACUAGCCAAAACUACAAUUCUAAGAGAUCAGAUUAAAAAAUAAUCUGGUAUUUUUUUUCUAUUUAAAAAGAAUUAAAUAAUUGGAUUUUGAAGUUUUAGCUCUUGCUAUAAAUAUCUGCAGUGAAUGGAGCAAAAAGAAAUAAUUGGUUUUGAUUUUUUUAAAUUUUGAGACCAUCCUAAAUUAUAUGACUUGUGCACUGAAAGGGGAGGUGGGGGGUUCUUGAUUGAGGAGAUUUGGCAGACAUUGGGUAGGGGGAUGGGUGGGAGUGUCAAAGGCAAAAAAAUAUAAUUGCAAUCUUUCAUAAUAAUGGUGAUGAUUUUGUCAUAUGCCAGAUACUGCGACAGUAAUAUUUACCCUAGCCACCCUUGCAACAACUUCAUUUGACACUCCGCCUUUGUCUGCUACCAUGCAUGUGACAUAGUUUUGUGACACAAUUAGGCCUAUUUUGUUUUUCUUAACUGCAGCAAUUGUGAAAAUUGAUGUUUAUUUAUUUUAAAAAAAGAAGUAAAAUGCAUUCUCAAUUGCUCUGCACAGGAACAUUAGAUUUCGAAAUAUUUUAUAAUAUCUAGGUAGCAAAAUUUGCAAUCUAUUUUUAGAACUUGCAAAGCAGUUGUAUCCUCUUCACAAUCUAUCCCCUGCACGAUUUCAAUAAUACAACAGUUUGAUAAUGCAAUACUACUGUCACACUUUUCCCCCCCCUAAUGAGUGGGAGGGGGACGGUUGGUCACCGAAUGAAAUAGUUAUGUCGCCAGCAGGGAAAGACAAACAGUGUAAUGUAACUACAAUCAGCUCUGGUGUCCAAAUUCGGCGGCAUUGACAGACGUGCACAUUGCAUGGAUGAUUUUAAUGUUACUAUCAGAUUGGAAUCUGGGCUCCUUUUUCGUGACUACAGAUUUAUUUUAAAAUGCAAUUUAAACUUCUCAGAACAGCAGCGUAGCUUUGAUAUAUUCUAUAAGAUCUAGUAAGCGGUAUUUGAAAUCGAUUUUUUGAAAUCACUAAACAGCUGUACAAUUUUAAUACAGCAGUUUUGUUCCAUCACUUCUCCCCAUACAGCUUGCUGUAGUUAUUUGACUACAAUAUGUUAACGGAAAAUAAAUUCAGGUUCCUAGGCUUAAUACAGAGGUGGGCAAUCCCGGCCUGUCACAUUAAAUGUUUUGGCAUCCCAGAUGUAUUGAAAAUGAACUUAUUUCUUCAUUGCAAUAACGAUUAUUUUAAUUUGUUGCAUAAAUACCAGUAUUUUUUGUGGACAGUACCCACCAUUUCAAUGUACCCACCCAGCCCAUUUUGAACUGAUUUAAAAAAUAAAUAGAAAUAAGUAAUAAAUAAUUAAACAAUUUUACUAUUCAUUAACUACUAAAAUAAAAAGGGCUACAAAGAUUGAUGAGGGGAACCGAAUUUUUCACAGGCAUUACAAUUAAGUGUAGAAUGAUGCAAAACUUUAUUCAGGAAUACACAAAAGUGCAAACCUUCAUUUUAAAUUUCUAAAAAAAAAAUAUGGGAAAGGGGCCCCCAAACCCCACCCUCACUUUUGUUCAGGUGACUUCAGCGGGCGUCCUCAAUAUUCAGCUCCCCCACCACAGCUUUGUCUGGCAAAUUGGCAAAUAUAUAAACGUCAGUCAUCUACUUUGAAGUGACCUUUUUUUAGACAUGCGAUGCGAAUAGUUGUUUUAUACAUUAUUCUGUAUCUUUACUUAUUUACUAUAGCAAUAUGGUAUUGUGAGAUUUUGAGAUGGUGAAGUACUAUUCUGAGACUAUAUUGUACUAUUUUGGGAGUUCCAGUUUAGACAGGUCUGCUGUUGUAUUUUGUAAUAAAAAAAGCUGAAAAUUCGGGCAUAUAUUUUCUACUGAAAACUCUACAAUACUUAAGGGACUCAACAUAUUUGUUAAAAUAAUACAGCUUUUAUGUAUCUCUUGAUAGUGUAGUAAUAGAAUCUAAUCAUGCAUUUGUUUACAUAGUAACUUAGAAAAAUAUCUUUAUCACUGGGUUGAAUUUUCAACCUCAAGUACACACAGGUACAAAAAUUAGAUUUGUAAAAUUUCAUAAACGCUGCUUUUUAAUGGCUGUGGUAGGGCAUGAAAUCUAUUUUUCUUCAUAUGCCACCCUAUUAUUUUAUAUCAUCUGUAAACAUUUUCCAGUUUUAAGUUUCGUUAUCAUUGUUAACAUAACUUGGAUUUUUGUUUUGUGAUUUCUUAUUGUUAAAAUAAAUUCUAAAGUCCACAUUUGUUUUCCUAAGCUUGUGGAUGAUCUUUUGGACUUCAUCUCAAGUGACAACGUCAUGGGUAAACCUACAGCAGUUGAUCUCAAACUAGGGUUAGCCACCGCCCCUGUCUUAUUUGCUGCUCAAGAGGUAAGCUCUGUUAUAAAUCAUUAUAUAAAUGACAGUGUAAAUGGCUAAUUCAUAAUACUUUAGAACAGUGGUUCUUAACCUGGGUUCGAUUGAACCCCAGGAGUUCUGUGAGUCAGUCUCAGGGGUUCGGAGGUCCAAAAAAAAUCAGAAAAUAAAUCAUAUUUUAUUUUUCCUAUUAUGAAGGGUCUGGUGAAUGCGCAUAUGAAACUGGUGGGGUUCGGUACCUACAAAAAGUUUAUGAACCACUGCUUUAGAACAUCUUCAUUUUGAAGAAAAUGUAUAUACAUCAGAAAAUCAAACAAAUUAUUGGAGUUACAGAUGUAUGGGAACAUAUUAUAUGUCUUUAUUUUGUUACUGUAUCUAAUAUCAAAUCUAUGAUCCUCCAUCAACAUUGUCAAUGGUGACAUUGUCAGCAUCUCUACCAAAACACAGAAUACUUCAAAUAUAGUUAAAUAAUUACUUAGUCAAAUAACUUCAAACAAGCCUAGAUAGCUACACAUAGGAAAUAACUUCAAACAUAGCUAAAUAACUACAGGGUGGGCUAAUAAAAGUGAGAACAUCUCGUAAAAUUAGGGCAACGUUUCAUUGACAGAAGCAUAAACGUGUGGCGUCGACGCUUGGAAAAAGUCGUUGAGAAGCAAGGAGGACACAUUGAACAUGAUUUCUGAUUAGCUAAAUGUUUUGAAGAAAAAAAAUCCCAUGAAGAAUUAUAAUUAAUAAAUUAUAUUUUGAAAUAACUCGCAUAUAUGAGAUGUUCUCACUUUUAUUGGCCCACACUGUAUAUUGUCAUAUAAUUUCUAGCUGACAGUCUCGCUAACAGCGCUCCAUGCAACAUUGUGUUUGUAUGCUCAAAUUGGCUGGGUAAAGACUUGAAACAUAACCAAAGAAAUUAAGAAACCAGAUGGAUUUAAAAGUUGCAAGACCACUUCAGCAUAGGGAAAUGAAUUCAAACAUAGUCACAUAGCUUUAAACAUAAAGAAAUGAAUUCAAACAUAAGCCAGAUAAUUUCCGUCAGAUAACUUUAAAAAAACCCAGAAUGCUUUAAACAUAGCCAAACAUAGUCAGAUAACUUUAAACAUAGUCAGAUAACUUAAAAUAUAGUCAAAUAAAUUUAAACGUAGAUAACUUCAAAAACAGAUGACUUAAACUAAAAACAUCUUUAGUUUUACCAGUAAAGCUACAAGUACCAGAAUAAAUCUAAAAUGCAUGUAUGUCCCAUCUAAGUUAGGAAUAUUAAUUCAUUUAACUUUAUUAGAGUUAAGUAUUGCUUUCUCAACAGUCCAAUAUCUGUUAUUAGUAAAAUAAAGGUUGCUGAAGCUGUCCCUGACUUCCAUAUUCACCUAGACAUUUUGUUGUUGACAGCAUUCAUUGUUUUCUUAAAAGUAUCAUUGACUAAAUUGUUUCUUUCAUUUUAUUCUUUUAGUACCCUGAGCUAAAUGCAAUGAUUAUCAGACGAUUUUCCCAGGAAGGUGAUGUUGAACAGGCCAGAUAUUUUGUUGCUAAGGUAAAAUACUUAACAUUGAUCCCUUUUAACACACUCAGAAGUUCAAACAAAUUAAGAAAAUAUUUUCUCAUAACUCACAAAAACUGAAAACUGUUCAAAACCCGAGUAACAGAUUUUAUUAUAUUUUUUUUUUAUGCCCUUACAAGCAAAGAACAAACAUACUCAGUAUUCUAAAGAACAAAGAGGAAAUACAUUUUAACUGUAUAUAUUUUAUAUGUUGAUGUUUAGGAUUAAUUAGCCACUAGAACUUCUAGAAAUCGACAAUAAUUGGAAAAAUGAUGCUCUGUGGCAGUCAAAUUUGGGAGCUAAAUAUUUCUCAAAUCUCUUAUUCCUAUAGAGUGAUGGAAUACAACAGACCAAGCUGCUUGCCUUAAACCAUAGUAAUGAAGCCAUAAGAAAUUUACAGGAUUUUGUCAAAUCAGAUGCCCAGAGAGCACUUAUACACUUGGCCAAAAUUUUGUUGGAGAGGAAGAAAUAGCAUGUCAGUUGUUUUAUGCACCAGCCCUACUUGCUGCAAUAACCACUCUCUUCUUGUUCAAAAGUGAAUGGGUUUUCUUUUAGCCAGACACACAAAGAUUUCCAAGUUUCUUUCUUUUAAUUUUCUCUUAAUAAAACUUUAAAGAAUAUCAUUUUAAAAAUGUUAAGCCAGAAUUAAAUCAGCUCAUUGUAACUUGAAGUAUAUGUUUCAAAAUUGUCAAUGUAUGUAAAUUGAAUUUUUUUCAACCUUCUUUUUCUAAAUAUACUUUUAUUUUCUAAUCAUAACAGUUUAAUGCUGUGAAAAUUAUAAAAAAACAUUAAAAAAAAAUUGAAAUAAAAAGCCUUGCUCUUUGUUACCCUGACCUUGAACAAAAAAAAUGUCUAGUUGAAAGAUCAUUUGCAGCAUUUUCCAAAGAGAAAAAUAUAAAUUUUAAUAAAAUGCUUGAAGGUAUUUCAUAUUAGUAAUCUUACCA